UCACUGUCAAGCUUAAAUAUCAAUAGGUUUUGUUUUGAAUUUAAAAUUUAUCACAAAAUUUAAAUGAUAAGCAAGAAACAACAGGGUAAAUGUUAGUUUUUUAAUAUUUUGGAAGUAAAUUACAAAAUGGCUCAUUUUUUACCGGGUAGACCGGGCGGUGACUCUGAUUCGGACAGCGACGAAGAUUAUGGAUUUUACGACAAGCCGCCCAGAAAUUACUAUCAGCAACAGCAAUUUAAUGAGAAAAAAAAGAUUGAAAUUGAUUUGCAAGAUGCCAUUAUAAAUGGCAAUAUGAAAGAUGUUCAAGAAAUUGUUACUACUCGCUUAAAUAACAAUGUGAAUGUUAGACUAGACAGUGGUUGGUCAGCGCUGAUGCAUGCUAGUUUCCAUGCACAGGACAAGAUUGUUAAAUACCUAUUGGACCUAGGCGCUGAUGCAAAUUAUCGUGCAGAUUCAAUGACACCUGUGAUGACAGCUUGUUCUAACAGCAGUGCAAGUAAUGAUGCUAUCUACAGCAUUGUAACAGAUUUGAUUGAAAAGGAUUGCAAGCUCAACUGUAUAGAUAAUUAUGGACAAACUCCUUUAAUGAAGGCUAUUGGCUGUGGCAGAGUUGCCGUUGUCCAGAAAUUUAUGGAGUUAAAAGUUAAUAUUGAAAUUAGGGACCUCCAAGGAUGGACGGCGGUAUUCUGGGCAGCUCACCACAAUCAACCAGAAAUACUAGAAAUCCUUAUAGCUCACGGCGCCAGAAUGACUGAAGUCGACAAAUACAACAGAUCAGUAUUAGAUAUAGCAGAACUACAUGAAUAUAAUGAAAUCGUAGAAAUAUUAAAGAAGCAUCUUCAAAUACCCGAAGAAGUUGAAGAUCCAUAUUUCAAUGAAAUCACUACUUGGCAUGAUUAUUAUCCAGGUAUUAAUAAGGGACAAAAACCAGAAUACAGAAGUGAGAUUCCUCAUCUUCUAUAUGGGAUGCAUCUGGAAAAUUUUACUUCUGCCUUCAUGAAGACAGGAAUGGAUUUAAGAACCUUCCUCUUGCUUGAGGAAGAUGAUAUGCUCAAACUCGGUAUGGAGUUGCCAUAUGAACGACAAAGACUGAAGAUCGGACUGCGAAACUUUCAUAAAAGGAAUUGGAAAAUUAAAGCCGUUGUAGGCAUGACUGCGCAGAGACCAGAGAAUUUCAGUAUGCUCAACUAUUUAACAUCUUUGGGGUCUCAUCUACAUCAAAUAUACGUGUUAGAAGCAACUCUACAAUAUGUAUUGCGUGAAUACAAUAGAAUCCAAGACCAAAUUAAAUUUGAACCUCCUGACUCGCCAAUACGUGAAAAACUGACUUCUGCUGCCAAAAAACUUAUUUUUAACAUAAACUGUAUUCGAAAAGCUAUGAAUAGAGUGAAGUACAUAUUAAAGAAGAUAGCGGACAACAACCCAGAGCCCGCCGAUCUCAUAAAAGAGAAGUCACUCCAAGACAUCACCAUGGGUUAUGUAACCGAAGCAAUGGUCGUAUUCUCCAUAGGUCUCGUAGUAUACCACGUUAAGAACAUCGUAUCCUAUCUAGUGAGGAAGUAAAGUACGUAAACAUUGUUAUUUAGUAUAUAUUCAGGUUGUGCUUAACGAAUUUAAAACUUGUUUUACAAUUAAUGUGUUAAAAUUUCUUACUAAUGUUGACAGUUACUUAAACAAGUACAAUAAGUGUUAUUCUCUUUUUAAUUUAAUUAUUCGUUGACCAACUUCCUGUUUCUAUGAAAAAAAAUUAUUGCCAUGAAAGUUCCGAAAAAUAAGGUUUUAUUCCGUCAACCUUCGCGUUUUUUCUUUCGUAUGGUAAUGUUACAUUUAUGCUGAAUUGCUUACUGAAUUGUCUCCAAUCCACGAAUUACUGUAAUGUGUUUUAAGUUUUUGUGCAAGUAGUUUUGCAGUUGUUUUCUCAUUAAAUAUCCUCUCUCUUGAACUUAGAAGAUCGUUAUUGUA